GGGGCGGCGCAGCCCCAUGGAGCGGGUGAGCGAGGCCGCCGCCUGCGGCCCCUCGUCGGGCUGCUACACGUACCAGGUGAGCCGGCACAGCGCCGACAUGCUGCACAGCCUCAACCAGCAGCGCAAGAACGGCGGCCGCUUCUGCGACGUGCUCCUGCGCGUGGGCGACGAGAGCUUUCCGGCGCACCGGGCGGUGCUGGCAGCCUGCAGCGAGUACUUCGAGUCGGUGUUCAGCGCGCAGCCGGGCGACGGAGCGGCCGGCGGUGGAGAAGGAGGCUCGGCGGAGGCGGCGGCGGCCGGCGGAGCCUCGGCGGCAGGCGGCGGGUCCCCCGGGGGGGGGCGGGAGCUGGAGAUGCACACCAUCAGCUCCAAGGUGUUCGGGGACAUCCUGGACUUCGCCUAUACCUCGCGCAUCGUGGUGCGGCUGGAGAGCUUCCCGGAGCUCAUGACGGCCGCCAAGUUCCUACUGAUGCGCUCUGUCAUCGACAUCUGCCAGGAGGUCAUCAAGCAGUCCAACGUGCAGAUCCUCGUGCCCCCCACGCGCCCCGACAUCAUGCUGUUCCGCCCAGGGGCCGCUGACCUCGGCUUCCCUCUCGACAUGACCAACGGUGCCACGUUGGCGCCCAAUGGCAAUGGCAUUGCAGGCAUGCCCGAAGACGAGGCCACGCGGGCUGCGCUCACUGCGGCACAGUCCUCCCUGCCUGUGCUGCAGGGUGUGGACCGCCUGCCCAUGGUGGCAGGACCCCUUUCCCCACCGCUGCUGGCCUCACCCUUCCAGAAUGUUGCUGCUAGUGCCCCCACCUUAGGUACCAAGCGGGGCAGAGGCCGUCCCCGUAAAGCCAACCUCUUGGACUCCAUGAUGUUCGGGGCCCCGGGUGGACUGCGUGAGGCUGGCAUCCUGCCAUGUGGCCUCUGCGGAAAGGUUUUCACUGACGCCAAUCGGCUUCGUCAGCACGAGGCUCAGCAUGGGGUGACGAGCUUGCAGCUGGGUUACAUAGACAUCCCACCCCCCAGACUGGGUGAAAAUGGCAUCCCUGGCCAGGACGACCCUGAUGCGCCCAGAAAAAGAAGCAGGACAAGAAAACAGGUGGCAUGUGACAUCUGUGGCAAGAUCUUUCGGGACGUGUACCACCUGAAUCGGCACAAGCUGUCGCACUCUGGUGAGAAGCCUUACUCUUGUCCAGUGUGCGGGUUACGGUUCAAGCGGAAAGACAGGAUGUCCUAUCAUGUUCGAUCCCACGAUGGCUCAGUGGGAAAGCCCUACAUCUGCCAGAGCUGCGGGAAAGGCUUUUCCAGGCCAGACCACUUGAAUGGACACAUCAAACAGGUGCAUACCUCAGAGAGACCUCACAAGUGUCAGCAGGAAAAUGGCAGCCACCAUGGAAUAAGCUCAGAGACAUCCACAGCCAUAGAAAAGUUGAAACUUCAAGAGACUUGUAAUGCUUCCUUUGCCACGCGUGAUCGACUGCGCUCACACCUAGCAUGUCAUGAAGACAAAGUUCCAUGCCAGGUGUGUGGGAAGUACUUGCGGGCAGCAUAUAUGGCAGAUCAUUUGAAGAAACAUAGUGAAGGACCAAGCAAUUUCUGCACUAUCUGUAACCGAGGUUUCUCCUCUGCCUCCUACUUAAAGGUCCAUGUUAAAACCCACCACGGUGUUCCCCUUCCCCAGGUCUCCAGGCACCAGGAGUCCAUCCCGAAUGGGGGAGCAGCAUUCCACUGCGUCAGAACCUAUGGCAUCAAAGAAGGACAGAAAUGUUCACAUUCGGACCCGAUUGAAAGUUCCGAUUCAUAUGGAGAUCUCUCUGACACCAGUGACCUCAAGACUCCUGAGAAACAGAGCACCAAUGGGUCCUUCUCGUGUGACAUGGCAGUCAGCAAAAACAAAAUGGAGACGGAGGCAGAGAAGAAGUACCCUUGCCCUGAAUGUGGCAGCUUUUUCAGAUCGAAGUCUUAUCUGAACAAACACAUACAGAAAGUUCACGUCAGGGCCCUCGGUGGCCCAUUGGGGGACCUUGGUCCUGCUCUGGGAUCCCCCUUUUCACCCCAACAGAACAUGUCUCUUCUGGAGUCAUUUGGGUUUCAGAUCGUCCAGUCAGCAUUUGCAUCAUCCCUAGUGGAUCCAGAGGUCGACCAGCAACCGAUGGGGCCAGAGGGAAAAUGAGAUCAGUUUGACCUUAAAGCAAAGCAGCAGUCUGGCUAUAAUGAUAAGAUGCUGUGAAUGAAAGAGGAAAUAAUGAAAUUUGGUUCUAUAGCUGCAAUUUUUUUUUUUAAUUCAUUUUAGCUUCCCUCUUUGUCUCAUGCCCUACCCCACCUUUAAACCUUCACUGAGGAGAGGGAAAAAAUGCUUCUUAGCUGAUGAAUUACAGAAGAUGGUGACCUUGGUUAGGAGACGUGAUUUAAAACACCAAGUGGAGCUAUAAAAGUUGCAGCCAGUGUUUCAUCAUGAUCUUCUAGAAUAAAAAACGAGCACUGAUCUGAGAAUUAGAGACAGUCGUAGUAACCAAGGCACGUGGGGAGCUACAGCUACAAGGAGCUGUAUUUUGUUUUCUCUCUUCUUCCUAUCUUCCCUAACCCACCCCAGAAAAACACAGUAAGUUUUGAAAACAGACCCAUUAUUGACUGAACAUAACGUUAAGAAAAAUGUCCCAUGGUACCUAGCAGGUUACAAUGCAGUUGUCCUUUUAAAAACAAACAAACAACAACAAAAAAAAAGAAGGUGAGAGAAUUUGAACCCCUUCUACCGUUUGUGAGGCUGUGAGUGCUGCAGCAGGACAUAACUGCUGAGUAAAAUCACCAUUCAGAACAGGUUGUUUUUGUUCUUUUUAACCAUUAAACUUGCUGUCGGAUUUUUAAUUCUCUAUUAUUAUUAUUUUAGGACCUGUUGUAGUGAAUUGCUACUGAAAAGCCAGUCUAAGGCGAGACACAGAGCACUCUUAAAGCAGCAGUCACAUUAGGGUUAGUAUUCUUUUUUUUUUUUUUUAGGUGUACCAUAAUUAAUAACUUGGCUAGUUGGUUGUUUUUAAGUCUAUGAAAGAAAUAGUUUUAUGGGGGAAAAAAAAAAAUGGAAAAAAUACCAUUGCAGUCUGGUUGACUGGUGCUCAUUUUUCAUGUGGGACCUGGUACCGGUGUAAACACAAUCAGCUAUCGGGUUAACACGAUGUACCACUGACUUGUUUAGUGUGAAUAAACCCAGGGGUUCACAGAGUGGUUUUGAUUUAAUUGGAUUGGACUCGAUUAAAGAAGUUAGUAUGUUACUUUACAUCCCCUUGUUUGGUCUGGUUUUUGAACAAUUUAGCCACCUGUCCAAAAGGUGUGCAAAUGAGAACCAGUAAAUAUGUUGUUAAUCCCUCUCUCCAUUGUACUGUACUCUCAGUGACCUGGGCUUUUUGGCUACAGUCUUGCUUUCCUGAUCUACCUUUAGUCAGGUUUGCAAAAGCCAGUCUUAUUCAUUUAUUUUCCAAGAAAGGUUUCUACUAUAAGAGAAUGUGAACAGUAGAUCUCUGAAAAUCAAUUCAGAAGGCGAAGAAGCAGGGUUUCUAGGCUGUUUGAGGUUCUGUUUAAUCUGAAUAUACCACUUGAGCAGAAAUAGUGUCCUUUCUUGGUCCUCCCUCUUCCCGUGUAAUUUUUUCAAGUUCUUUAUGUAGCAAAUCCAGAUAUAAAUGUUAUUUAAUCAACUAAACACAGGGUUAUGAGUUAGGAAUACUCCUGAGUUCUAAUUAUGGUUCUGCUAUUGAUGGUCAAAGUUGCAUAGACAGCAGCAUAAUCAUUGAAUUAAUUUCUUGAUUUCCUAUAUGUGAGAAGUUUUUUCUAUAUCACUUAAUUGUUGUGAGGGUUAAUGACCAGAGGAGUGAUUUGGCAAAUCAAGCUCAUGUGUAUGCACUGAAUGUUUCUAGAAAGGCCUCUUUGAAGAGUCCAAGUUCCACACCAAACUUGCACUCUGUGAAAUAAUAGUUGUCCCCAUCAUUAAUGCAGUGCUAGUUCAGUAUAGACCACCACAGACUAGGAUCUACAUCCUCUCUAAGAGGUAUGUUUAUAUGAAAUGAGAAGGUAGCCACAAACUGCUCAUAUAGCACUCUGCAUUGCCCAAGUGCUCCCAAUCCAAACUCAGCAGCUAAAACAAGACACCAUGGGAUACAGUCCUAUUUUGGUUUUGUGCUUGAAGUGUAGAGCCCUUUGUAAGUAUAAAGGUUUUAGAAUGCCAUUCUAAACUCUACAGACUUAGAAACAGCAGCUUCUCUCUUAUAAGAAGCUACUUUUUUAAGCUUGCUCUUGAGUAUUUUAAACUGAGGUUGAAUAAUCAAAGACUUUCUCCUUAUAGUACCAGUGCUUUCUAAAUUUGCAUGUUUCAUGCAAAUAUGGACUUGACAUUUUGCUAUUAAUCUAGGUUGGAAGGCUGAAUGACACGCUCUUCUCCAGUCAUCCUCCCCCAGAAUCCCUGGAAUAGGUGUGUCUCAUCUAAAAGGGAAAGAAAAAUAAACAAAAAAAACAACACAAAACCCCCUUAAACUAAGGUGUACUGAUAAGCUUAUUUGACAAGUAGAAACAGGAUGUUUCAAGAAGGUAACAAAAUCUAGAUUAUGUUGAGACAGCCCUGUAAGCUGCCAAGCAAUUCAAGAUAGAGCAGACUUUCCACUCAGCAUAACAAUUCAUUAGAAUUAACAAAUGUAAGUGCAGUCAUGCUGACUUGGAGGUAGCUGGUAUUUAGUGAUGAACAGUAAGCCAUGAGGAAGAUUUCUGUAGAAUUGAGGCUGUGUUAUGAAAGAUACGCAAAGUUUGUGUCCUCAGUGUUCUUAGCACUUGGAGAACACACGGUAGUCAUAAAAUCCAUUUCCAGAAUACAGGUUAUUUUUAUCCUAGUUAUUGCUCCACUGACUUUACUGUUAUUGGUGAGUUGAAUUUUGGCACCAUGUGCAUUGGAAUUUCAUUUUGAAAGCUACAAAUUUUGGCCUGAUGAAACUAAUGAAAAGCCUUAAGCUAAAAAGGAAACCUAAAACACCGUGCGUUUUGCUUGUCAAAGAAAAUGCUUACUAAGUUGUCAUGAAUGAAUUGAAUGAAAGCUAUUUAAUUCUCAGUCUAGUGAACAAGGAAACAAUUAGGCAGUAAGUUAACAAUCCUGAAAUGACAGUUCUAGAUCAUUCUAGUGUAAAUGGGAUUUUCACCAACACGCAGAUAAGUGCAGACAAGACUAACAUCUUCAGCAGAAAUGGAUUUUGAGAGCUCUCUCCUGUUUUGGAGGCAUAUUAUUAAGUUCUAAAUAGGAACUUAUGUGCAAAUUCUACACUUUGGGAAGUGUCUGCUGCUCGUAGAUCAUAAAAGAGAUCUAAACAGAAAACUCAGCUUCAUCAGUUCAGGGUUCAAAGGGAAAUACUUAAAUUGCCUCAAGCUGCAACCUCACUUAGAUUGUUUCUAUUACAUUUUUAACUGACAUGUCAGUGUAUAGAUGAUAACUAUCUUUUUUGUUAUUUGCUAGGACUGCAAUCCAGUGUUGAAGUCAGUGACUGCUCUGCAAAGGAACUUCAGUUAAUACAAAUUCUGAUAAUCAGAUCAGUAGUACUUCUUUAUAUUAUGGGAGUGCUUAAACCCCUCAGCUGUGGUUCAGACCCUUCUGUAUUAGGUAUGAAAAUAUCUUCAAACAUUUAUAGUCUAGAUAUUAAUGAUAGACAAGAAAGGAAUAGAUGUUAGCAUUUCAUAAAUGAAUGAAUGAAACUGAGUUGAAACACUAAAUGCAUGCUUGAAUGCUGUGUUGAACGCAGGAGCUCAGUCUUAUCACUAGGCUUUUCUUUUUGCCUAAAGUAAGUUAUGUCCCCAACAAGUGCCAGGUGAAGCAAUUUAAUAUGAGUUUAUUCUAUACCAAAUUACAUUAAGUCACAUCACCUUGCAUUUGCCACAUUCUAGGUGUCUGCAAACUGACUGGUGUGACUUAUCUGGUGCAUGACAAUGUGAUGGCAUGUGAGCUCUCUAUCUUAAGUGAUUUGCCCAUGAUAAUGUGGGAAAUUGAUAGCAGAACCAGAAACUGAACUCAGAUUUUCCUUCUCUCAAUCCAGUGCCUUAACUAUCAUAGGUCAAAGUAUUAUGGGGGGAGGUGUCUUUUGUUGUUUGUUUUGGUUUUUGGUUUUUUAAACCUAGAACUGUAAGAUGGUGAGGAGUUGGUCUUCAUUCCAAUCUUUUGAAUAAUUGCAAAUGCCCAGUCACAGUUUUAGACCCAUUUGAGUGCCAGUGACUUAGGGAAUGUUUGUUAUUUCCCGAGUAUUCUCUGAGAUACUGUUUUUCCCUUAUCUGCUAUCAGCAGUAAGGAAUGACUUGACUUGAAUAGAAAAGCUGUGUAACUGAAUGUCUACCUAAUUCAACUAAUGGAAUUGAUAGUAUGAAAUCUAACCUAGAUUUUGUAGGCUCUGUUGUAGCUUUAGUGUCUUGUUUUUGUUUUGUUUUGUUUUGUUUUCCCGAAAUCUUUGUUCCUAGAAUUCAGUAUUUGAAUUUUUGUCCUGAGUCUGGAGUGGGGUUCCACUUCCAGCUUAAUUUUUUUUAAGGUGCUUGCUUGAGGAAGUAGAUGCCAAAGUAAAUUUCAAAGGAACUCCAGACUUCAGUGUUGGAAGAACAAAUGGAAAGUGAGAGCUUUCUCUGGGUUUCAUGAGAGAUGAAUGGACAAAGGAAAACACAACUAUCAAAAUUUUAUGUAAUGAAACAGGAAAGGCUUUUCUGUAUCAUCCACAAAAACAGAAAUAUUUGUGAUGGUUCAGGGUGGCAGAAACUCUGAGAGCAAGUGCCAAACAAAACCAUGGAACACGUUGGCUUUUUCAGCAUUAUGAAUAUACCUUAACAGCAUUAUGAAUAUCUUAACAUAAAUUAAGCCAGCUUUAUAUCAUUCACCUUUUGCAUGGGCACAGGACAUGAGUUUUAAUUGAAUAGAACAUAAGCUCACAUUGAAUCUCUGAGCUUAUGCUCUCAGUUCCAACCCAAGAGACAAAACAAAUGAGCAAAGAGGGAAAAAAAAAAAAAAGAAAGAAAAAAAAGGAAAAAAUUGAAAAAGAAAGCAGAUUGUGGAAGAUGCCCCUGUCUACUGAUUGAGUCUGGCUUUUUAUCCUGUAUGAGAUUUUCUAAAUAAGAACCGUCAGCCGUUGUGAAUGAGCCUUUGGGAAUAGAUGUGGCUUUCAGCCCAGUCUGCUGCUCUGUGUCCCUUUAAGAAAGCUAUGUGUUUAGGAGCACUGAGCCUUGGACAGAGAGGGAGGCAGUGGCUGGGCUGCAGCCUGAAGCCACUCUUUACUGUUGCAGAAUCAUCAGCAGCAGCAACAGCAUUGGCAGAAUGUUUUUCUGCUUGCUCCCUUGAUAGUUUCACCCCAUACAUUCCUUUGCCAGUGUGUGUACCUGUUCAGAUACACAAACAGUUCUACAGAUUAACAGUGCUACCUGUAAAACAAACUGGAGAACUAUUUGGCUAAAUAGAAAAAAAAAAAAAAAAGAAGAAGAAGAAGGAAAAAAAAAA